AUGGGAGAAACAGGAGAUGAUUCAAAAACUCUUAGGGAGUUGUUCUCACCCAUAACCACCAACCCUCCAUCUUGCAUAGUAUUGCCUGCAACCACUGCUGCACAUUUUGAGUUAAAGCCACAGAUAAUCCAUCUUCUUCCUACUUUUCAUGGAUUGGAUAGAGAAGAUCCUUAUAUGCAUGUGAAGGAUUUUCUUGAGAUUUGUGCUACUUGUAAGUUUCAGAAUUUCACUGAUGACUCUGUUCGCUUGCGUUCAUUCCCUUUUUCCUUGGAGGAUAAGGCAAAAGCAUGGCUUAAUUCUUUGUCACCUGGAUCUAUCACUUUAUGGGAACUGUUGGUCACGAAAUUCCUCUCUAAAUUUUUCCCAAUGGCCAAGACCAAUGCUUUGAGGAGAGAAAUUGCAGAUUUUUAUCAGGAUGAACAAGAGAAAUUUUAUGAGAGUUGGGAGAGAUUUAAGGACUUGAUCUUAAAGUAUUCUCAUCAUGGUUUUGAAACAUGGAGACUAGUACAAUAUUUUUAUAAUGGUUUGACUCAAUCAAAUCGUAACAUGAUUGAGUCCAUGAAUGGUGGUGGAUUUUUGAGUCUUAUGGAUGAUGAGGCAUACAAAUUUCUUGAGAAUCUAUCAGAAAGCUCACAACAAUGGGAUUUUUCCAAUCGUAGAGAGAGAUCUGCCCCUACAAUUAAGAAAGGAGGAUUGUAUGAAGUUAGUGAAGAUUUAGACAUAAAAGCUAGGUUGGAAAAUCUCACUUGUAAGGUUGAAGCUUUAGCUUUAGGUAGAGGGAUGAAUUCUGUCAAUAAAGUUCAAAGUAAAACAUGCUCUAUUUGUGCAAGUCCUAUGCAUACAACACAAAUGUGUCCCUCCAUAGUUAGUUACCCUGAUUUUUAUACCGAGCAAGCAAAUGCACUAAAUAAUUAUGGAAAACCACUUGCUAGUCCAUUUUCGGAGACAUACAAUCCAAAUUGGCAAAAUCAUCCUAAUCUUUCUUGGAGGUAG